AUGAAACGCAGGUCGACAACCAAUCCAGGACCAAGUCCCUCGAAAAAGCAACCCCGACAAGACCCCGUAUCCUGCGAGUCAUGUCGAAAGAAGAAACUAAAAUGCGACCGCAAUAUCCCAUGCAGCAGCUGUACCACGCGCAAAUUACCCUGCAACUACCGAAUUCAUGGCACGGAGUCGGCCAGCCCUGCCGUGAAACAGGGGAGCCGAACAGAAGAGCAGCCCUCGUUAGACAACAGAACUGUACCACAAACCCAACUCACGACUCCCAACAUCGAGCCUCGGAACAGCAAUCGAGAUGACCCUCUCACGACGGCAGACUGGCUCGAGAAUAUUGUCAUGGGUCAUCGCGUUCCAAGUGCUGUUCCCGCCCCUCUGAGAGACGAACUGUCACAACACUCACGAGUAGCCGUGUCUCAGCAGAUCCCCAUUUCCGGAAGCUUGCUGUCUCUCAUUCGUGGUGGCCGGUUUGCGUCUCAUGAGAAUGCGGCGACGAUUCAUCUCACGUCUUUCCUACCGGCAAAGGCCGAGGCAAUGAGUCUUUUACAAUAUUACUGUAAUCAUCUCGACUACCAGUACCAUAUCAUAAUCCCGAGUCGCACAAAACGGGACAUCAACGCCCUAUACGACAGACGUGCAUCCGAUGAUAUAAACUUGCAGCACCUUGCUCUUUUGUUCGCGAUUGUCGCCACCGCGUUGUUCUAUAAGCUCUCAUCGACUGAGUCGGCCGAGUUUGCAGAUAUCUGCAGUCGAGAGACGGCUUUCUUAGCAGGUGCCGCCUUGGUCCAGAGCAAUUAUGUUGCUGAUCCUAGUAUCGAGGGGCUACAGGCGACUAUGAUCAUUGGCCACCAUUUGUCGAUCGCGACUCUCAAUCCGGCUGUCAGCUCACUGUUUCUUCACAGCUCUCUUAUCAGCCAGGCUAGGGGCCUUGGGCUUCAUGCUGUGGAUUCUUCGAGGCCGGAUCGGAAUUUGAACGGGUGUGAUAGGACAGCGGUUGAGCUUAGGCGGAGACUGUGGUGGGAUCUAGCUUCUUACGACUGGUAUGUCAGUUCGGUACAUAUUUCAGAUUCUCUUCGCUUACGUCUGCUCAGGUUACUUGGCUUUCUCAGCGGACCACAGGAGUGGACAUACACGAUUAGCCCCCAUCAAAUGAUCGUGCGAAGACCAUGGAACGUCGAGGACGAAGAUAUCGAGAGCAGUGAUACAGAAAUGCCGCUUUCAAAACCGACCUGCAUGUCCUACACACUCCACCGACUGCGAUUAGCCGAAGUAUGCCGCGAAAUCGUCGACAGCACCGCGGCCGAACACCUUCAAGGCCUCGAAAUACCAUAUGAAAAGAUCUUGUCACUAGACCGCAAACUUCACGACGCAUACUCCGAAAUCCCAGCAUUUUUCCGCUUCGACCAAUCAUCUCAACGUGAAUUCGCAGCUCUCUAUCGCGAGCGACCGACAAUCGCCUGGCAACGCGCUUUCAUUCAACAAGGAUACCACUCGCGUCUUUGCCGCUUACAUCGACAGUAUUUCAUCCUUGGGGCUAAAGACCCUCGAUACUCGUAUUCGCACGUCAUCUCUCUCCAAUCCGCGCGAAAAGUGCUAGAAGUGAAGCGGAUCAUGGAUGAGAAAGAGCCGCUCUUUGAGCCGCAUAGCUCCUUGUUCUGGGCGGUUAUGCACCAUGUGUUCAUGGCCGCCGUUAUCUUGCUUAUCGACGUGUGUUUCAACUGGGAUGACAUUCUUGCUGAGAAGCGGAAGGAGGAAGUUCUUGAAGCCUGUCGUAUGCUUAGUCGUGCUCAGCAGUCGACUUAUAUUGCGAGGGAGGGGAUUAAUGCUAUGAUGGGGAUCCUGCGCAAGCAUUGGAAGCAGGAGAGGAGACCGCAUGAGUCGCAGGCUGAUCCACUGGCUUCCGAAGAUCAUACACGCCCUGCAGUACAAAAUAACAACCUUCAGAAAGACAUGCAGUUGAAAAACCAAGCCCACAACUUCCCUUCAACAUACCCUGCGGUACCCGAGGUCGGCCAAACCCCUCUGGAAGAUUUAUGGUCUGAGAUGCUGGACAGCAGCGGCCAUAUUGAACUGGAUACUCCCGACUGGAUGGACCUGCUCACCGAAUUGACCAAUGCCACUGCGCCGUGCGAAUGA